GUCCUCGGCAGUGGUUAGGUGCGGUUCGUGACUAGUUUCUAUUCGGAAAAACCAUAAAAAAAAAACACAACUCAUUCAAAGUAAACUGAAGCUAAAUAAACCCAGUCAACUGCUAAAUUUCGGAGACGAAAACAAAUCAGUAACCGAUCGCGAGCCCUCGCCAAAGUGACGAUUAAUUAACAACGCAAUUAAAAACCCGAUUUUACGCAGUUCGCAGACCGGUUGUAGUGAAGUGCCCGUUGUGUUCUCACCCCCACGACAAUCAACCUACCGCGGUGAACAGAGAAGCGUAAAAGCCCGAAGUGCAACAAUAGAAAAUAAAUCGUCGUUGGUAACGGAAGGUUAAUUACGACUCGUUCGAGCUGGAGUGGCAACGCUCUAACAACCGCUACGUGCAGUGGCGACGCCAUUUUGAGAAUACUGUGGCCAUUUGGAAAGUUGCUGAACGCUGCACACCGUGACCCCUGACAGAGUAAAAGGGGGCCACCGAGUACUCCGAAAAAAAAAAAAGCUGAAAUAAAUAAGCGACGAGCCCGAGCGUAAAAUAAUACGAAUAAAAUUCUCGAGUCGCGGGAGUGGUGCGGAAUAAUCAUGAAGUUGGAAAUAAUAUCGGCGGCUGACUUUCUCGUUCAAUUGCUCCGGCUACAGGCUGGCCAGCUGUCGGAGCGUCAACUCGACGAAUUCAAGUCAUCGUUGAGUGAAGUGUUACGUAGACGCUACAGAGACCACUGGUUUCCAGACCGUCCAAAUCGUGGCUCUGGCUAUCGUUGUUUACGUAUCAAUGGCAAAAUGGAUCCAGUGAUAGCACUUGCGGGGAGAAAUGUCGGUUUACUGCCGACAGUGUUGCACACACUGUUCCCAAGUGAAUUGACAAUGUGGAUUGAUCCAGCUGAGGUGUCCUAUCGUAUCGGUGAAAACGGUUCGAUCUGUGUUUUGUACGAGAGAACAGAGCCUGAUCCCGAGGGGAUGACGUCGAGACCAUCGUCUUCCUCGUCGUCAGUGUCGUCGAGCUGCUCCUCCAGCUCGGUGUCCUCAAUGUCAACGGCGUCGUCACCAUUGCCAGCCUCGCACUCCCAGCAGCAGCAGUACGAGAGCUGCAAGGACUCACUGAUAUACGAGCACUCACAGUUCAACGAACAAAUAGCAGCGUUUGUAUCAAGUUGAACGGUUCAACAAUG